AUGCCCCCAACAACAACCCGCGGCGGCGCUCCCACCCGCCCUCUUCCACACCCUCUCCCCUUCCACCCCGGAAACACCUAUUUGCCUUUUUCCCAACUUAUCGCUCUUGAAUCUCUUUCUGGGUCCCUCGACAAUAACAACCAUCCAGACGAUUCUCUCCAAAAAAGUUUCCUCUCCAUCUCCCCCCCUUUCGCCCCCGGCGGACCUCUCGGAACAGGCCGCAUCUCAGGAAACUUUCUCCUUCCCGGAAAAUUAGACUCGAAAUUCGAAUAUCGAGUAAAAAUCAUCAGAAAUGGAAAAGGAAUUAAAGUUAGAGGGGUGGAGGUUUUUCAAGAAAGUGCAAAAAAAGACGAAAAAGAAAAGGGAAAGGAGAUGUUUUUUAUAGCAACAUGUUCAUUUAAACUCCGCGAACAUUCUCAAGUUUCCAUCCAACAACAAGAAGGAGAUUUUUUGGAUGAUGACUUUUAUGGAGAGAAGGUCUAUGGGGGUGUUUUGAAGGGAAAGACGGAUCCGAUGAGGGAUUUGGAAGAGGUUCCGGGGAUGGAUUUGACGUUUUAUCGGAAGAAAAUUUUGGAGUAUGAGGACGGUGAGGAGGGAAAAGGGAAACAUGAUGCGUUUCCGGGUUUGCAGUGUCGGAAAGUGGAUAUGAGGGAAUGGAAUUCCACAAGACAUCCGAUGGAGAGGAGGCAGUUGAUAUUUUAUCGGAUGAUUUUUGAUCGCGAAAAAGGCGAAGAAAAAGAAGAGGGGAUGAAUAUGAAUAUGAAUAUGCAAUUAUGUGCACAUUUAUACGCAUCUGAUCGCAACAGUUUAUUUAUCGUGGCGAAUUUAUUCGAUUUGGGGGAUUUUUUUACGAACAUGAGUAGUCUUUCUCAUACGGUUAUCUUUCAUGCUGAGGAGGGGGAGAUGAGAUUUGGAUCUUCCACAGCAUCAAAAACAACAACAAAACGCACCAAAUCACCCUUCCACAAAGCCAACAACAACAACAACAACGAUGGAGGUGGCCGAUGGUUUUGUAUGGAAGUCUUCGGGAGCCGAAUACAUGGUGGACGAGCUGUGCAUAAUUGUCGAAUUUUUAAUGAUGAAGGUACACAUAUUGCGACGUGUAUGCAGGAUGGAUUGAUUCGGUUUGCGGUGGAUCCGCAGAAGCCGACGGAGGAGGAGUUGGAGAUGAUGGAGGCGGUGAAGAGGGGGUGGAAGGGUGCGCGGAGGGGGGAGAAGUUGUGA